AUGAGAUUCUCUCGUGAGAAGCGCGAUGAGCCGCAGUCAGUCGUGAAAGACCCGGUACCGUCGUAUACAUACGGGCAGGAUGCCGCUUACGACGAGGACCUUCCCGUCGCGUGUCCGCCUCAUACCACUGAUAGGAAGUUGAUCACUAAGAUCGAUCUACAUGUGAUUCCUUAUCUCUGCGUCCUUUACCUGCUAGCUUUCCUUGACCGUGUGAACAUCGCGAACGCCAACGUCUUCGGUCUAUCUGUGGAGCUGGACCUCGUCCGCGACAACAGAUACAAUGUCGCGUUGUUGAUCUUUUUCGUCCCCUAUAUCCUGUUCGAGAUCCCGUCGAACAUCCUGCUAAAGAAGCUGCGCCCACACGUCUGGCUUUCGGCUUGUAUGCUGGGGUUCGGCGCGGUCACCCUUGCACAAGGGUUUGUAACCAACUAUGCAGGCCUGUUAACGACUCGCUUUCUUCUCGGUCUCUUCGAGACUGGAAUGUUCCCCGGCUGCUUCUACCUGAUCGGGAUGUGGUACCGGCGGAGCGAAGCGCAGAAAAGGUACACGUUCUUCUUCAGCAGCACGACGCUCGCCGGCGCUUUUGGUGGCCUUCUAGCCAGCGGCAUCGGCAAGAUGGACGGCGUGGCCGGCUAUGCUGGCUGGCGGUGGAUCUUCAUCCUCGAAGGCCUUCUCACCGUCGUCGUCUCAUUUGCAUUUUUCUUCCUGUUGCCAGACUUUCCUGAAGACGCAAAAUGGCUUAAGCCCAGCGAGCGAGAGUAUGUCAAGGCCAGACUACGAGAGGACCAGGGCCGAUCUGCCGCUGAACGCUCGAUUACUUUAAAGGACGUCGGACGCAUUUUCAAAGAUGUGAAGCUUUUCGUCGGCGGCUUCAUGUACUUUGGCUUAAUCGUCCCAGCGUACGGUUACGCAUAUUUCUCACCCGGCAUCAUUCGCUCGUAUGGAUAUUCACCCAUACAAACCCAACUUUAUAGCGUACCGCCGUGGGUUGCUGCCUUUGGCUUCGCUAUGACCAUCGCUUGGCUGUCUGACAAAGUUCGGCACCGUUUCUUUUUCUGCAUCUUCCCCAUCGCGGUCGCGAUUACGGGCUUCGCCAUCCUGCUUGUGGUGCAUAACAACCGCACCGUACAGUAUGCGGCGCUCUUCCUCGUCGCCAUGGGCGCUUACUCCGCGAUGCCUGUCAUCGUUUGCUGGUUCAACAUGAACCUUGGUGGACACCACCGCCGCUCAAUUGGCUCCGCAUGGCAGGUCGGCUUCGGCAACAUUGGUGGAAUCAUCGCAGUCUUUGCCUUCCUCGCGAAAGACGCUCCCCGGUAUAUUCGGGGGUACAGCAUCUGCAUUGCGUUCAUCUGCUUGAGUGCAUUGAGCUGCAGUCUGUACUUCACGCUGUGUGCAUGGGCAAAUCGGAGGCGGGACAAGCAGCCGACGGAUCUGGGGCUGACGGAGUACGAGAAGACGGAGUUGGGGGACAUGAGCCCGGACUAUAGGUACCUGCUGUAA